AUGUCAGAACACAACAAUAUUAUAUAUUCACCAAAUUCAAAAGGUACAUCAGCUGAUAUAGGAACAACUAUAUCCUUUACCGAUAUUAGUAAUAAUAAUAAUAAUAAUAGUAAUAAUACUAGCAACAGUAAUAAUAGUAAUAAUAAUAAUAACAGUAAUAAGAGUGGUGGUUUUUUUAAAUUAUCAUCAUCACCAAAAAAGAAUUUUACAACUACAACUACAACAACUACAACCAAUACAACCAAUAGUUUAUCACCAAAUAUUUUAACAAGAAGCAGAAGUAACAGUAUGAAUAGUGGAGGAACAGCACAUGUAAUAAGUUCAAGAAGUAGAAGUAAUAGUGUAAAUAGUAGCAGUGGUGUUGAAGCUGGUAGUAGUCAUACUAAUAAUAAUAAUAAUAAAUCACAAUCAACAUCAAACAAUACAGCAAUGUUCCAAAAAGAAAAAGUUGUAAAAUUUAAUACACCAAAUAUGUCACCAGAGACACUUAGUGGUAUCGGAGGUAUAGGUGGAUAUGGAAUAUCAUUCUUUUUGACAUCAUCUCCAUCACCAAAUACUUAUUUUAAUAAUAAUAGCACAUCAAAUAAUUUAUCAAAUUUUUCAUUGCUUGAUGAAGGCUACAUGGAUAAUAUUGUUUAUGAACACUUAAAAGAUGUUACAACUUUAUCAAAACAAAGAGAAAUAUCACUACUAUGGAACAACACUAUAAUACCACCAAAUAGCACACAGGCAAGAAAAGAUUUAAAAUUUUUAGUUAGAAAGGGUAUACCCGAUAAAAAGAGAGGUAUAGUGUGGCAAGCAAUUGUGGGCACCAAAGAUGCUGACGAAGAUCAUUGCUAUAAUUCCGCCUACAGCUCUAGUUUUGGUGAAAUUGUAGACCCUAAUAUUCGUAAUAUACCGGCAUUCGGGGGUGUAGUUUCCCCAUCGGACCAUUUGUUAACCGAGGCGGGUGUAAAACAGGUUAAAUUCCUAUUAACUUUAAUUCAUACAAACUCAAGUGUAGAGUAUUGCCCACAAUUACCUGACCUUGUACAUAUUCUCCUCUCAUUUAUGUCAGAAGCCAAUGCCUACACAACUGCCUCCUUAAUGAUUAAAGAUUCCGAAGAGGGUUCACCUUUCAAAUGCCUAAAUCUGGAUAAAAAAGAAUGUGCAAAAUUUGUAUUAUCAUUUGACCACCUAAUAGAAAUUCAUUUACCAAAAUUACACAGACAUAUGCUUUUAAUUGGAUUGACAAAUUCAUUUGUUUUUUCCGAUGAAUGGUUUUCAAGAUUAUUUGUAUCAUUUUUACCAUAUACAACAGUACUAAGAAUUUUCGAUGUAUUUUUAAAUGAGGGCUAUAAAGUAUUGUACAGAAUUGGGCUUGCUCUUUUAAAGACUCAUAAAAAAGAGCUGAAAAAGAAGACAACAAUGGAGAAAUUUUUAGCAACUUUAAAAUCUUUAAAUUCAAAAAUGUAUGAUGCUGAAGCAUUAAUUAAAACUGCUUUUGAAAUCUCAUUAAAAAGAAGUCAUUUGGAAGAUAUAAAAGUUAAACAAGAUCACAAAGUUAGAGAUGUUCCCGAACCAGUUCCAAUUUAUUAUAGAUCUAAAAUUUCAGUACCUUCUCAAAUUUUGGAUACCGAUGAUUUUGAAUUAAUUUGGGCAUGGUUGCCAGCAAGAUUAUCAAUAUCAACACCAAGAUUAUUAUUUAAUUCAUAUUCACAUGGUUCAAAUCUUAGAUUACUUUACGAAAAUUGCAAUGAAAAACAACCAUUAUUAAUAGUAUUAAGAUCAAAUAAUGGCUCAGUAUUUGGUUUUUUUACUGAUGACGAAUUUAAACCAAAAACAGGGUUCGGAAGUCACAAUUGUUUCCUUUUUACCUUAAAGCCACAUGUUCAUGUAUAUAGGCCAACUGAAAAAAAUCAAUUAUUUAUGAAUCUAAAAGAACAAUCAAUUUCAGUAGGUCAAUCAAAUUUGGGUGAAAUUGGUUUACAUAUCGAACAGGAUUUAAAUGGUAAAUCACACUAUACAGAAACUUUUGACAAUCCAUGUUUAAAUUCAAAUGACGAAACUUUUCAAACUGUUGUAUUAGAAGCAUUUUUAAUCGAAUAA